AAGGCGUGUCCAGUCUUCUACGUGUGUAGUCACUGGUAUUAGUAUAUCUAAUUAGUAAUAUAUGCGCAAUAUUUAAAUAUACGUGUAUAGUUAACAUAUAUUUAUUUGUUAUUAAUUACUAUACAUCCAAGAAAUAUGAAAAAAACCGAUUUGGCAUCAAGAAAAGUUGGUUUUAUUGGGGGUGGAAAUAUGGCAAGUGCCAUAGGUGCUGGUUUAAUUAAUAAAGGUAUUUUAAAUCCAGACAAUGUUUGGGUUUCGGCUCGUACAGAUAGAACCUUAGGGUUCUGGGCUGACUUAGGUGCUCAUGCCACAUUGAAAAAUGGAGAAGUAGUAGACAACUGUGAUAUCGUAUUCCUAGCCAUGAAACCACAUAUGCUUGAUGAUGCACUCAAGGGUAUACAAACAACAAUGAAAAAGAAAGUUUCAAAUAUGCUUUUUAUAUCAGUACUUGUAGGAGUUACUCUAGACACAUUGUAUAAUAAACUGAAGUUAAUUGUAACACAGCCUAGGAUAAUUAGAAGUAUGCCUAACACUCCAAUGAUGGUUGCAGAAGGAAUAACAGUAUAUUGUUCUAUGAAUACAACAGAAGAAGAUGAAAAUAUAGUAGAAGCAUUAUUUUCAUACAUUGGUGUUGCUGAAAGUGUUCCUGAAUCUCUUAUGAAUGCUAUAGGUGCACUUUCAGGUUCAGGUCCUGCUUAUGCAUAUCUUGUUAUAGAAUCAUUAGCAGAUGGUGCUGUAAAAAUGGGUGUGCCAAGACCCAUGGCAACAAAAUUUGCAGCUCAAGUAUUAGUAGGAGCUGGUAAAAUGGUAUUAGAAACAGGUAGACAUCCUGGUCAAUUAAAGGAUGAGGUAUGUUCUCCAGGAGGUACAACUAUUGCAGGAGUUCAUGCUAUGGAAUGUGGUCAAGUAAGAGCAUCUAUGAUGAAUGCAGUUGAAUCUGCAGUAAAUAGAGCCAAUGAAUUAACUUCCAAAAUAAAGUAAAUUCAAGAAAUAUAUACAUAUAUAUAUAUAUUUAUAUAUAGAAGAACUGGGGAUAAAAAAUAAUUAAGUUUAUGUAAAAUGUAUUUUUUUAAAUGUAAUAUGAGUAUUUUUUGAAGUAUUUAAAUAUCUUAAAGUAUAUUUAAUUUGAAAAUUUACUAGUAUUUAUCUGAAAACACAAACAGUACAAAGAAAUAAUAAUAUAGCAUUUAAGUAGAAAACACACU